AUGGACAGAUCCAGCAUGAACUCCUUUCUGGAAUACUCCAUCUGCAACCGGGCUUUCCGGUCGGAAACCGGCGCGUUCCACGCGGGCUCCACCGGCCCGUCAGCGCCCGUUAACGGGACAACGAGUGACAGCUACGCCGGUGAUGGACGGCUGUACGCGGGCACCGUCACGACAGGGGCGAGCGCCACGGGAGUGACGCCAAAUCAAAACCCACAUCAUCAUCAUCACCAUCAUCAUCAACCACAACAGACUAGUCACGGAUACCAUCAUCACCCUCAUCUUCAUCACGCCCAAACGUUACCAAGCGGAAUAGGAAUGCCAGCCUACAACAACGGAAGUACCGGGAAUACCGGGACCUUCGUGGCUCCGGCGUGCGCUGCGAACUCCGAGUACGCGGGCGCGGCGGGAAACGCGCAGUACUUCGUGGAGGAUCCGGUGCCUCCGCCCUACUACCACCAACCCUCCUUCAGCGGCUCGGCUCCGAGCUACGGGGCCUACUGCGGCCCCCAGUACCCGCAGCACCCCGGCGCCGGUCUGGAGGGCCCGGGGUACUGCGGGCUCUCUCACGGGGGCGCGUACGGGGAGAUGCCGGGCCCCCAGGAGAGGGAGAGGGGGGAGGAGGAGGAGGAGAGCCCGCAGGCCGGGCAGGGCCAGACCUUCGACUGGUUGAGAGUCAAGCGGAAUCCGCCAAAGACAGUCAAAGUGUCGGACUACGGGCUCGCCGGCUCCCAGAAUGCCAUGCGCACUAACUUCACCACGCGACAGCUGACGGAGCUCGAGAAGGAGUUCCACUUCAGCAAGUACUUGACACGCGCGCGACGCGUGGAGGUGGCGGCGUGUCUCGCGCUGAAGGAGGCGCAGGUGAAGACGUGGUUCCAGAACCGGAGGAUGAAGCAGAAGAAAAGGGAGCGGGAGGGCGGGCCCGCAUCGGCCUCGGCCUCGGCCCGGGCCUCGUCCAGCGGGUCCGGAUCCAACAAGGAGCUCGACGACACAAACUCGGACCGGUCCUCCGCGUCCACGUCUCCGGGCGCGUCCCCGAGUUCGGAGACGUAA